AUGACGGUCACGUACAGCCAGGUGCCCUCGCAGUCUCAGGGCAUCGGGACCAUCCCGGUCACCGCCGAUACCUACCGCACCGAGGAGGUUUCCGGCGAGGGCGACAGGACCAAGGGCGGCGCGGAAGCCAUCGACCACGACGUAUCGUCCGUGCCCGAACCCGACCACCUCGGAGCGGGGGUGCCCGAUGACGACGACACGCGCGAAGACGUCGGCGCGCUGCGCCGGGAGGUCCUCGAGGUCGCCGAAGCCGCGACGCGCGGCGAUGAGGUCGCGGCGGUCUCCGCCAUGGUAACCGCGGCGGAGACCGCCGCGCUGCGUGAGGCCAUGGGUGGCCCGCACGUUCCCCCCGACGCCGACCACCCUCGCGAUCCAUCCGACGAUGAGAUCCGCGCCGAUCCUCCAUCCGAGGACAAAAACGCCGUCGCCGCUACGUUCGGCGCGCGGCGGCGACUGAACCUCGAGGCGGUGGACCACGGCGCGGACGUGUGGCGCGGAUCGUCAGUCCUCGGCGGCGGCGGCGGCGUUCGAGGAGCGCGGCUCGCGCCAUCGUCGCUCUCCGCCGGGCUGGACACCCAGGAGGCGCUGCGCGACUUGGGGUACUCGUCGCACGGCUGGGAGAGCGUCGAGGCGAGCGAAUGCGACCGCUCCGCCGCGACGCCCGGGUACCACGCGGGGGGUCCACCGUCGGUGAUCGACAGCCAGGGGCUCAGCGCGGCGCCGCGGGUGUCGGACGGCGGCGAAGGGACCCAGCGCAAGACGGUGACGUUCUCGUUGGAACCCGAGGAGGCGCCGGAGCGGGAACCGGAGCGAGACGGACCCGAUGGACUCGAGGGCGAGGACGAGGAGGACGAGGAGGAGAAGGGCGAGGAGGACGAUGAGAACGAGGACGAGGCGAUACUCGCGACGCAGGCCUGGGACCCCGCGGCUGACGACGAGGACGAUGACGAGGAGGGGGACGAAGACGAGGAGGGGGAAGACGACGACGACGCCUUCGUCUACGCCGGCGGCACGCAGGCGGCUCCCCCCGAGUCCCCCGGCACCCGCGCGGCGCGGUCCCCAUGCUCCCAGAGCCCGCGCCCGGGCCUGCUCCGCAUUCGCGAGAAACCCGCGUCCGCGCUUCCGAUCCGCCCGGCCGAUCCGGCGACGGCGUCGCCCUACUCGGAUAGGCCGGCGAAUCCUCCGAAGGCGCCGGAGGAGGAUGCCGCGCCGGAGGAGGAUGCCGCGCCGGAGGAGGAUGCCGCGCCGGAGGAGGAUGCCGCGCCGGAGGAUAAUACCGCCUCGACGCCCCCCGCUCGGGAGGCUCCUUUCGUGGACGCCACCCCGGGCGACAUCAUCGGCUCGUACGUCCCCAACACCUUCGCCGCCGCCGUCAACAAGGACGGGACGCUCGGGACGGCGACGCAGUCUACGGCGAACGGAACCCCCGCCAUGUCCGUGGCCGCGGUGCUCGAAGCCGCGGCGAAGGAGGCGGAGGCGGGUGCUGCGAACCCGUCGAUGGACGAGGAAGACGCGGGGGACUUGGACGAGGAGGACGAGAUCGAGGAAACCGCGCGGCCGAUCGGUCGCUCGUUUAACCAGGCGAUGUCCGCGGCGUUGCGAACGCGCCAGAGGCGAACGGUGGACCUCGGCGGUCUGACCGGCAUGAGUCUCUCGCUCGGUCACGACGGUGGCGACGCCGACGACGAGCCCGAGAAACCGCCGACGCAGUCGAUGACCUCGAACGUCGCCGAGACGCCCGCGGACGUCCCCGCCGUUCCCCCCGUCGCGCCCUCGGGAGCCGGACAUGACGCGAGCCAGUUCAGCGGCGCCAGGGACGCGGCGGCGCCGUCGCGGGUUCAUCGCGGCGACGGAGGGAGCGACGCCGAGUGGGCGGGCGGCGCGUGGGGAGCCGGGCGUUCGGAUCCGGCGCCCCGGCGGGCGGCUUUCGCGCCCCCGCCUCCCCGGUCGCCUCCGGCUCUGGCUCCGGCGACGGCGCCCGAGCCCCCCGACUCGCCCGACUUUUGCGAGAUGAUGUCGCAGCAAGUGCGGGACGUGGUAUCCGCCGCCGCGCGCGCGUACGACUCGCAGGCGACGUACAACAACGCGCGGGGCAGCAACGACCCGGUCGACUCGCAGGAAACGGAGGCGCCCGAGGAGGAGGAGGAGGAGGAGCGCGACAACGAAGAAGAAGAAGAAGAAGAAGAAGUCACCGAUCCGGAUGGCACCGAUCCGACUUUCGAUUUCGCGGACCCGAGGUUCGUCGCCGCGUCCCAGGGCUUGGCGUCGCAGAUGCGCGUCGUGCGCGAAACCUUCGCGCCGGCGGGUGGCCGAGGAAGAGGAGGAGGAAGAGGAGGAGGGAGAGGAAGAGGAAGAGGAAGAGGCGGCGGCCGGGGGAGAGGCCGAGGCGGCGGCCGAGGAAGAGGGAGAAGCGACGCCGAGGAGGUCGAUUUCGGCGAGUGGCACCGCGAGAUGGAGGAAAAGGAGCGCGCGGAGCGCCAGCAGCUGUGGGAGCAGAUCGAGGCGAGCGAGAAGCAGGAGGCUGGUCGGGGAUCCGCGAGGAACAGAAAGCCGCGCGAGUUUUUCGGCGACUCUCGGUCCCCCUCGCAGUCCGAGGAGGACCGCGAGGAGGUUCAACAGGCGGGCGUGGCUCGAACGCGCGCGCAACGCGCCCGCAGGAGCGACUGGAAGACCCGCCAGUUCUUCGGCGACAGCCAGUUUCCGCCGCGAUCCCCUGGUGACGACGAGGAGGAUGUCGAGGAGGAGGAGCCCGAGAUUGCGAUAGUCUCCGACGAUGACGCUCCGGUGGUGGAGGAGGACGAGGAGGACGAGGAGGAUGCAGAUGCGGACGGCGAGGACGCCUGGUACGUCGGCGGCACUCAAGCCUUCCCGGACAUGAGCCCACUUCCCGAGGAGGAGGAGGAGGAGGAGGAGGAGGAGGAGGACGCCGACGCGCCCCCGCCGAACGACAAGCCCCUCACGCCCCUCGGGUGCUCCAAGUGCAGGUACGCGUCGAAGGGCUGCGGGAGGUGCCGCACCAUGCGCCAGUGCGACAUGGACGGCACGCCCUACCCGUGGUCCGCCGCGGCGAGGGGCGGGAGGGGCGGGAGGGGCGGGAGGGGCGGACGAGCUCCCGCGUCCGCCGGCCGGGGACGCGGCCGGGGCCGCGGCCGCGGCGCGGCGAGCUCCGCCUCCGCCAAGCGAUCCUCCGCCGCGAGCGGCGCCGCGCGGCGGGUCCGGUUCGCGGGCGACGGCGAGGACCCCGGCGUCGGCGGCCGGCUCAGCCUCCGCACGCCGUCGUCGGCGAGGCGACCCAAAAAGUUUCUGAGGCGUUCUCAGUCCUCGGGCAAGAAACGGGGCCGACCGCCCGCCGCCGCCGCCGAGCGAGCCGUCGAAGAAGAAGCGCCGAGCUCGAAGAAGCGCGCCAAGCCCAAGCCGCGCUCGUCCACCUUCGCCGACCUCACCUUCUACCUCUCCGGAUUCGGCCGCGACGAGUCCGCCGCCCUCGCAGAGCUGAUCGUCCGAAACGGCGGCGUCGUCGAGAGCCAGAUACCGAGCCCGGGAGACGGCCAAACGCUCGAGCCGUUCACCCCGUCGCCCCCAGCCGGCGCGCCGCAGCCCGUCGCGCCCGAUCCGGCGGAUUACACGCGCGUCGUCACCCCUACGAGCAUGGGUCGCACGCUGAAGUGCUUGUACGCGUCCGCCAUCGGCGCCCCCGUGGUGACCCCCGCGUGGGUCCGCGAGGCGGCGGCGACUGGCAACCCCUCGCUGUCCCCGUCGCGCACCCCGCCGGGAUCAAUCAUCAGCCGCGGCGGAAGACCGUCGCGGGACAAGACCUCGGGUCAUCCCGGGUCAUCCCGCGUCUUCGAGCGCAUCUUCGCGGGACUCGCGUUCGCGCUGAGCGGGGACGACGGGUUUCACGCGCAGUUCGGGGCGCUGCUCGAGCACGCCGGCGCGUCCGUCGUGGAUGGGUCCGAGUUGACGGAUGAUGCGGGCGACGAUCGCGACGCGAGAUGCGACCUGGUGGUGGUGCAGGAGAGCCCCGCGGAGAGGCGUGGUUUUCGGGGCAGCGCGCUGAGACGCGCCGCGGAGAGGCACGGGGUGCCGUGCGUGUGGCACCCUUGGGCGGUGGAGUCGCUGCUGAGGGGGUUCCGGCAGGACGCGGGCGAGUUCGCCGCGGUGAAGUAG